CCCACCGCCACCCCCGCGCCGGGCGACGAGGAGAAGAAAGAGGAGGGGGCCUUGGCCCAGAGAAGGGGCGUCGGGGGCGAGGAGGAGGAGGAGGAGGCGCCCGCCGGGCCCACGGGGGCCCCCCCUCCCGAAGGCCGGAGCCCCCCCGGACCCGAAGCCCCCUUGGCCACCGCCGCCGCCGCCUUGCCUGAGGAGACCUCGGCCACCCCCACCAUCGGGCCCUCCUCCGCCUCACCUGCCCCGCAGGAGGAAGAGGAGGAAUUGGAGGAAGAGGAAGAGGAUCGGGACCCGGAGCUGGUCGCCCACAGCGGGACAGGCGUCUUCUGCAACUGCAGCUCCGUCGGGAGCCUCAGCGCCAGUGACUGCCACGCCACCACCGGCCAGUGCGAAUGCCGGCCGGGGUACACGGGGCAGCUGUGUGACGCGUGCGAAGACGGCUACCAUCGGGACCGGAGCGGCGGGCGCUGCGUGCCGUGCGAGUGCCACCCCGAGGGCUCAGUGUCCUUCUCCUGCAACAGCUCGGGAGAAUGCCAGUGUAAAGUCGGAGCCACCGGUAAAAAAUGCGAGCAGUGUGAAGAUGGGUACUCCAAGUUCAACGGGACGGCUUGUGAACUGUGUCGGUGCAAUAACCAUACUGCAAAAUGUGACCCUUGGACAGGUACUUGCCAGGAUUGUCAGGGGAAUACGGAGGGUGCCCACUGUGAGCAGUGCAAAGCACAGUUCUACCAAAAGAACUCGCAACACCACGAGUGUCUCCUUUGCCCGUGCUCGACCGUGACUUCCACCGGCAGCUGCCAAAUAAGGCCUGGUCACCCCACCCCGACCUGCGACAAGUGCCGGCCUGGCUACACGGGGCCCCUCUGUAACCAAUGCGAGAGCGGUUACUACAGCUCCGACAGCAUCUGCGUCGAAUGCCAGUGCAACGGGAACGUCGACCUGGCUCGCUCCCCGAGGAUCUGCAAGUCGGAUACGGGAGAAUGCCUCGGCUGCCUUUACCACACAGCCGGGUUUCGCUGCGAGCUUUGUCAAGAGGGCUACGCCAGAAGCUCGGAAGGAGGGAACUGCACCAAGAAAGAGUCCAGCGUCAGCCCAGCUGCCAGAGGGCUUGUCCCUUCUCCUCCUGAUGUGAGCCCACCCGUAUUGUCCACUGCACGGGCUCCCAACAGCACCUCCAUCCCGACCGCGGCGCCGACCGUUUUCCCCAUCAGCUCCUCGGACAACAGCACGUCGACUCUAGCCGACGUCUCGUGGACUCAGUUCAACAUCAUCAUCCUGACCGUCAUCAUCAUCCUGGUGGUCCUCUUGAUGGGCUUCGUGGGGGCCGUCUACAUGUACCGUGAGUAUCAGAACCGGAAGCUGAACGCUCCGUUUUGGACCAUUGAGCUCAAGGAGGACAACAUCAGCUUCAGCAGCUACCACGACAGCAUCCCCAACGCCGAUGUCUCGGGCUUGCUGGAGGAUGAUGGGAACGAGGUGGCUCCCAAUGGCCAGCUGACCUUGGCAACUCCCAUGCAUAAUUACAAAGUUUGACGAAAACUGGCGGGAGAGACUGCAAAAUUUACAGUGGAAGCCGAUGCAGGUCCCUGCGGGAGAAGAACCAGUUGGAGAAACAUCAGUGGAAGGAACUUAACCCUUUUCCCGACUGAGCUGCCAGCAGGCUACACUUGGUGUCGUUCCCCCCCCCCCCCAAAAAAAAGCACUGAUGGCUGGUGUGAAGAACGAGUUCCAGGAGAAAGUUACAGACUUAUAUUGGCUUCAGUGUUUCCCAUCUGAACCCGUUGGGUGCCAUGAUGGAUCUUGAAACGUAUUUUAAAAAUAAAUAAAUGAAAGAAAGGCAUUGCUUUGAAAUACAGUAUAUUUUUGUAUGAAACGACAGCAACGUACUGAGGAGCCAUCUCGGACCGCAGGAGAGACUUUGUGGAUGCUGGAACCAAAGGGAAGUGUCCCUUAUUUGAAAAGUAGCGGUUACUAUUAUAGGAAGAAGAUUUUUGGUUUUUUUUCCCCCCCUGGAAAAGAGGUGGGAGAAAAAUGCAAAUGUUUCAUGCUUUGAAAGAAUUUUGCUAUUUAAAGGAAAAUCUGAUGAAUAUAUAUAUAUAUGUAUAUUUAAGUUUUAUGGAGCAAUUCAAAUGUGCUAAUGCACAGCCUAACAACGAAGAUCUUGUUUCUCUUUUUGAUUUUGUGAGUUUGGAAAAAAGAACUGGUGUGUGUUUGUGUGUGUGUGUGUGGAGAAACACCCUCUCUUCUUUGUUCAGAGGCUUUCCUUACAAAGUGACCAAUGCUAUUUAAAAAUAAUAAUAACGCCGGAAUCGGUUUAUUUUCUUAGCUUUAUUGAACUUGGGUUCUCCCAAAGGAGGUGAUGGAUGCAUUUUGGCCACGCGUUUUCACAGAUUUUCUACACCGAAGAGGAAAAUGGCGUGUAACACAGAAUGUAAAGAAGGAUCUUUGGCGGUGCGCUUGUAACUCUUUGUACAAAAAGAUCACGGUUGCGUUUUAUCCGUUAGGUUUUAUCUGUACAGUGGUUCACGACAUUGUAAAACCAACCAACCCCCCCACCCCACAACCCAACAAAGGAAGCAAGUAUUGUAUUAAAAGUGCUGUAAAUUUUGAUGGCAAUCGGUGCUGGAGCUGGGCCUCCAGGAAAAAAAAAUCUUUGCUAGUUUUACCCCCUCUUCUGAUAAGACGAAUUCCUGUAUCUUAACUUGGGCAUUACUCUAGCUUGCUUUGUUUGAAUCUCUAUAGCUUUGCUCUCCUCUCCUUCCUGAGCCCCAAACAAACUCCAUCUUUGUGGCUCUUGUACCUGUUUGGCAAUCGGAUAUUAAUGGCAGAGGGAGUUGGCAGUUACUGUUAUGGAAAAUGUAUUCUCCGAAUGUGAAACGAACAUGUAGGGAGGUUAGGAGGAGCUGACGAUGAUCGUAGCUUUUUCGUUUUUCUUAGCUUCUUUGGUUGUUACCAUUUGCUUACUCCAGAGACCUCACCUCUAACCUCCCCGAACUCAUCUUGGGAAUCUGAAUCAUCUCAACUCUGGGUCAUGAAAGGAAUCUACAGUACCAGCAAGGUAGAGGUUCUCCAUUGUUCACUUUUUCGCACGUGUGUGUGUGUGUGCUUCUACACGAGAGGAAUCUCCUGAAGCUGUCAUGGUUUGCUCACUUCCCUCCUCCUUUGCACCCACGUGACUCCCCCCAGCCUGUUGCUCUUCAGCCUUCUCGGCUUCUUUGGGGGUGCUUACAAAAUUCAGCGUUCGGGAAAUGGCGUGGAAGGGCCAGCGCAGUCUCCAGCGGGGGAAAGGUGGUGCCGAAAGUCAUGCCGGGCCAGCCGCGGUGCUCAGUGUACAUUAAGUCCUGCCGUCGGCCGGUCUCCGUUUCAAAAGUGCUCUGCCAAUGGGAUUGGGUCAAAUUUUGGACCAGAGGAAGCUGCCUUUCUGCUUGCCGCCCACUGGGCGUGGGUGUGUAUGGAGACAAAGAGGGAUUGGAAAGAAGGUACCAGAAAAAGAGAGAGUGGAAAUUGAGUAUGGGGGGGGGCCUCUAACCUUUUUUUUGGCUUUGAACCUUGCCCACCAAAAGGUUUCCAGAUAUGUAUGCCUUUUUU